AUAAAGUUUCAGUAUUAUAUAUAUAUAUAAAUAUUCUGGUCACUUACUUAAUCUGUUAACUGUGUAGUAAUGGGUUUUUAAGCUCACGCUCGACAAAGACAGGGACCCAAAGAGGAAACACACUUCACUGCUCAGACCACACUGAAGCUGACUUCUCACCAAAUAUCAAGCAGACGCAGAGGAUGCAGCAAAUGGAGGUAUCUGAUUAUGUUAAUGAGUCACCGAGACCAAAGCAGAAAGGCAGUGGGGAUGCAAAUCAAACAGAGAGAAGACUCUGCCAGAUGGUUGUCUUCAGCUUUGGGCUGCUGUGCGUCAUACAAGCCAUUCUCAAUGUUUCUCUACGCCUGACAUUUUCAGAUGUUGAGGCUGGUUUCAAAAACCUGACUGAGGAGAGAGAUGACCUGAAGAGGAAGCUGAAUAAAUCUGUUUCAGAGAGAGACACCUUGAAGAGAACCAACUUGAAUGUUGAGGCUCGUUUCAAAACCCUGACUGAGGAGAGUGAUGACCUGAACAGGAAGCUGAAUAACGUAGCUCAAGGAGGAUGGGAGUAUUUCAGCGGUAGUUUCUACUACAUUUCUUCUGUCAAGAAAACCUGGAAUGAGAGUAGAGAUGACUGUCUUCAAAAGGGUGCAGACCUGGUGAUUAUCAACAGCAAAGAAGAACAGAAUUUCACAAUAAAGUUUGAGAAGAGACUGUGGAUUGGCCUGACUGACUCAGAGACAGAGGGGACGUGGAAAUGGGUGGAUGGGACUCCACUGACCAAAAGCUACUGGGUUUCUGGGGAGCCUAACGAUGAGUACGGUGAAGACUGUGGGGAAAUAAGUCAUUUUCAUUCAGAAAACAGCUGGAAUGAUGUAAGCUGUUCCUUUCCACUCAACUGGAUCUGUGAAAUGAAAGUCCGUCCAUAACUCUGAAACCAAACCCACCAGACAGAAAACUAAGGAUGAUAAAUAUAUUGCUGAUACAAUUUAAAUCUUCUCAAAAGCAACCUGAAUAUGCUCAUGUGAACACAUCAUUUCCAAGUGAAAAUCAUUUCCAGCUCAGUGUGAGAUAAUCUGAAGCCUGGUUAUUUGCGCUGCAGUAAAGUGACCUGUUAACAUCUAGAAACAAAUGUCCAACAAGGGUCACUGUUUUGGCUGAAAAAAGAAGAAAAAACUACAAUAUGUAAUACAUACUUUGAUUUAUUGCUUGCUGAAUGAAUGUAUAAAUGU